GCCCAAGGUAGCCCAAUGAUGGAUUUUGAUGAGCGUGGUCCCUGCUCCUCUAACAUGUAUUUGCCAAGUUGUACUUACUACGUCUCGGGUCCAGAUUUCUCCAGCCUCCCUUCUUUUCUGCCCCAGACCCCGUCUUCGCGCCCAAUGACAUACUCCUACUCCUCCAACCUGCCCCAAGUCCAACCCGUACGCGAAGUGACCUUCAGAGAGUACGCCAUUGAGCCCGCCACUAAAUGGCACCCCCGCGGCAAUCUGGCCCACUGCUACUCCGCGGAGGAGCUUGUGCACAGAGACUGCCUGCAGGCGCCCAGCGCGGCCGGCGUGCCUGGCGACGUGCUAGCCAAGAGCUCGGCCAACGUCUACCACCACCCCACCCCCGCCGUCUCGUCCAAUUUCUAUAGCACGGUGGGCAGGAACGGCGUCCUGCCCCAGGCUUUCGACCAGUUUUUCGAGACGGCCUACGGCACCCCGGAAAACCUCGCCUCCUCCGACUACCCCGGGGACAAGAGCGCCGAGAAGGGGCCCCCGGCGGCCGCGGCGACCUCCGCGGCGGCGGCCACCGGCGCACCGGCAACUUCAAGUUCGGACAGCGGCGGCGGCGGCGGCGGCGGCUGCCGGGAGGCGGCGGCGGCGGCGGAGGAGAAGGAGCGGCGGCGGCGCCCGGAGAGCAGCAGCAGCCCCGAGUCGUCUUCCGGCCACACUGAGGACAAGGCCGGCGGCUCCAGUGGCCAACGCACCCGUAAAAAACGCUGCCCAUACACCAAGUACCAGAUCCGGGAGCUGGAGCGGGAGUUCUUCUUCAGCGUCUACAUAAACAAAGAGAAGCGCCUUCAGCUGUCCCGUAUGCUCAACCUCACCGACCGCCAAGUCAAAAUCUGGUUUCAGAACCGAAGAAUGAAGGAAAAAAAAAUUAACAGAGACCGUUUACAAUACUAUUCGGCCAACCCACUCCUCUAA